AUGGUUGUUGAGGUGGAAAGUACUGGUAUUGGAGACCCUAUUGAAUACUCCAAAUCCAAAUGCCAAGAGGAAUUACUUGUGAAGUUAUCAGUAAUGAUAGCUGAUAUAUUGGCUGCAUGUCUCACCAACUUACCCCAAGUCAUUGCAAUUAAAUGCCACACAAGUUCCAUAGAGAAAAGGGAGGCGAGUGUGCAAGCUGCAGCCCAACUUCUCAGUGAGACUAUGGAUAUAAUCAACACUCUCCAAGAUCGUGAACUUCCAUGCUUGGAUACAGAUGAGUUGGCAUAUAUUGACAAGUGGCGUACGUACUUAAAGGAUCCAUUUCCUUAA